AUGCAUUCUACUCAAAAGAUAAAUGCUCGGGAUCAAUCAAAUAUGAUUCAGAAUUAUGAAGAAUCACAAACUGAAUUUCUAGCCACUGGCAGACACAAUAACGGCAGUGAUACGAGUCAAGAAAAUCAAAGUUAAGGCACUAUUAAGUCUAAAUAAGCUGCUGUAUCUGAGUAUCAGAAUUAUAAAAAAGGAAAUUUCGCCAGCACACUAAGGCAAGAAAUUCAUAAUUUGCUGCAGUAGGCUUAAAUUUAACAAGAAAUAAGUUAAAAUGAUAUCAGCCAUCUUCAUCAGUAGUCAAAUGAAGUCAGUAAAUAUGGGGUUGCUCAGAGUUAAGGGUCUUAACCCGACAGGAAAAAGCCAGUUUUCUCUUUUCCUGAUGAAGAUAGCCAAGGAGGGAAAUUAGGUUGCUUGCUAAUGAUGAAGAAAGUACCUAACAUUGGAUAGUUUUAAUCAGCUGGAACAGUUGUGCUAAACAAAUUUACAACUAACUAGACAAAAGAAGGAUCAAUAAUGGCUUCAACAGCUCCGUAGUCGAAUCAUGCCUAGGGCAAUUAAAGGUACAACUAGAAAAAUGAUUUUUUCCUGAUUCUAGACGAAGCUGCUUAAGAAGACUCUGGCAACAAUGAUUUUCAUUUUUAAGUCGAGAAAGAUGAGAGGAUAUCAUAGAUAAGUGAUUUGACAUGUGACCCUAUGAUGAUGAAAGAUCUUAACAAUCAUACUUAUCUAACAAAUGACAUAGAAGGUUCAAGUAUCAUUGAAAUAAUAUAAAGGCCUGAGUUACUGCAGCAAAGAGAAUCAAACUUGCCAGAAUUUAAUUAGAAGCUUUAGCUUUAAAUAAAUAACUAACUAUUGAACGAAACAACUGCCACUGCAAUGAGUAUACUUUUGGACUAUGGGGGUAAUUAAACUGUAAGAGCUUAAAAGGUAUAUUAAACAAGAGAAUUAAAAGGUCUAAACCAAUCAAAAUCCAUAGCCUAAAUCAAGCCUAUUAAAGACCAAAAUAUGAUUAUUCUAACCUAAAGAUCUCCAUAGCUAUAACCUUUAGGCUAUUCUGAGUAAGCCUCUUGUGAUAUGACAAACCUGACUAUUAUGAAUUCGCCGGUGGCUAACCUAGGUCAAAAAUUGCACUAUUUCUAAAGGAAUAACGAUACAAGAGCAAUGAAGUAACUUAAUACUCAAAGAUGA